AUGUCACUACUCGGAAAAGAAAAUACCGACCCACAUGACCCUUAUACCAAUGAACUUCCAGUCAACAACCUAAUUUACUCCUAUGACUGGUCUGAAACUCCACUUGGGGCCAUGUCAACAUGGGAACCCACCUUGAAAACAAUAGUUGAUGUAUGUAUGCACUUAAACUUUCCUAUUUGUGUUUACUAUGGUCCCGAAUUAAGAUUAAUAUAUAAUCAAAUGUGGCGGCCUAUUUUGAAAAUGAAACAUCCAGCAUUGGGCCGUCCCGCAAAGGAAGUGUGGUCUGAGAUAUACGAUGUUAUAGGACCUAUGUUCGAUACUGUGAUUAAAACUGGAAAAGGGAACUUCCAAGAUGAUACUUUGUUAUUAAUGCAUCGAGAAGGAUACGUCGAAGAAUGUUAUUUUUCUUUCACUUUUAGUCCAUUGUUUAAGAGUGAUGGAACUGUUGGAGGCAUUUUUAAUGCUGUCCAGGAGACGACAAAAAGGGUCCUAGCGGCUAGAAGAUUAAAGACUCUGGGAGAUUUAGGGAAUAAAACUGCUGGUGCAAGAUCAGUAGAUGGUGCCUGUCAUCUGGUAUUAUCUGCGUUAAAAGAGAAUGUUGCCGAUCUGCCAUUUGCUAUUAUUUAUUACUUGGAGACUAACAAUAAAAAAACAACUGCUAAUUUAAUAGCAACAACAUUUGAUGAAAAUUUAGCAACAAUAAGAGGAGAGGAUGGUAUUGAAGAAUUGAUUUUUAAUGGGCAAUCAAGUAGAAGUCUCCCGGAUUACUUGUUGGAAACACCUGAUUUUGUUGAGAUAUAUGGUGACAAUGCAAAAAGUAAUAAAGAAAUAAUGGAAUGUGAAUGUAACAUGACUCAAACUUGGCCUUUACAAGAAGUUGCUAGCAAGAAUUCGCAUGUUAUUGUACAACUUAAAGAUGAUUCCAAAGCGAUCCUCUUGCCGGUAAAAACGUCAUUUGCUGGAAAAAAGAAUGUAAAUGCCAUACUAAUAUGUGGACUUAAUGUGAGAAGAAAACUUGAUAACGAUUAUAUGGAAUUCUUACGUGUAAUUAGAAAAUUUUUCUUUUUUUCGGGUUUAUCAAAUGGGAGAUCAAGGGAAGAAGAAAGGAAACAAGCUGAAAUUCUCGCGGAUCUUAAUCGACAAAAAAUUAUGUUCUUCCAAAAUAUUAGUCAUGAGUUGAGAACUCCUUUGACUUUGAUGCUUUCACCAUUAGAAGAUACGAUAUCAAAUAUUUCGGAUCCAGCACGAUGUUUAACCCAUCUUCAUAUGAUAAGACGUAACGCUCGUAGACUACUUAAACUUGUUAAUACAUUAUUACAGUUUUCUCGAACUGAGACUAGUAACUUGGAAGCAGAAUUUCGUGAAACCGAAAUCGCAAAGCUUACUUUAGAACUUGCUUCAAGUUUUGAGAGUAUGGCUAAAUCAUUAGAUGUGACAUAUACUAUCGAAGUACCAGAUCAAGUUGAAUUUAAUCGACAAUUGAAUAAGAAAGUUUUUAUUGAUCGAGAUAUGUAUGAAAAAAUUUUGUUCAAUUUAUGCAAGUAUAAUCGUUCAAACGCUUUUAAACAUACUUGGAGUGGAGGUGUUACGGUCAAGUUAUAUUCAGAAAAGCAAGAUAAUAAAGAAUUUAUUGUGCUUGAGGUUAUAGAUACAGACACCUAUUCGAGUCCUCAAUCACGGAGCCAUGAAGGAACUGGAAUUGGUCUUGCGCUUGUGCAAGAAUUAAUUCAACGUCAUGGCGGUGAAAUAUUUGUGGAGUCUGUUGUCGAUCAAGGUAGUACGUUUAAAGUUCGGAUACCUACUGGAUGGGAACAUUUACCACCUAAAAAAGUUUAUUUUGGUGAAGAAGAAAAUGAAAAAGUUCUGGAUAAACAAUUAUUUUCUAGUCGUGAUCUUUAUAUUGAAGAAUCAGAACAAUGGAUUCAAAAGAUUCAAACUGAAGAUCUUGACCAGAAAUUCGAUCGAGACAUGGAUUUAGAUGAUCCCAUCGAUUCUUCGACUUUCGAAAUAAAUAUCCCUGGAACGGGAACAGGCGAAUUCCCGUCCUCAUGGGAUGAUCCUUUUAUCGCAGGUGGCAAAAGAUUUAAAAUACUUAUUGUAGAUGACAAUACUGAUAUGAGAAAAUAUUUAUCUGGAGUAUUGAGGAAUGAAUUUGAAGUAUGCAGUGCUUGUGAUGGUCGUGAUGCUUUGAGAAUGUUGAGAAAGAUUGAUGUUGCGCCAGAUUUAGUGUUAAGCGAUAUUAUGAUGCCUAAUAUGAAUGGAAUUGAUUUGUUAAAAACUUUGAGAAAUAAUCGAUCAACUCAAAUGAUCCCAGUAAUUUUACUAUCCGCUAAAGCUGGAGAAGAAGCUAGUAUUGAAGGGUUGGAUUAUGGAGCUGAUGAUUAUUUGACCAAGCCAUUCAACGCUAAGGAAUUGAUUGCUCGAAUACGAGUCAAUAUUAAACUAUACCAUCUUCGUCAACAAUUUUACUUGGAGCAAAAACGUCAAGCAGAUACAAGACAGUUGUUGUUCUCAAUCAGUAGUAAAAUUCGAUCGGAAUUAAAUAUUCAAGACAUUCUUUCAACAGCUACCGAGGAGGUUCAUAAAAUCUUACCAUGUGAUAGGAUUUAUAUUUUGGCUGCAGAUCAAAACGAUAGUGUCAAUUUAAAAGUCAUGACAUUUUCGACAAAAGAUCCAAAUGAACCAAAUUUGAAAGGACAAAUGGUCCGUUUUUCAAUGAACGAGAAGGAUAAACCUUUUAUACCAUUUUCAGCAGGUAAAAAUGACUUUGAUUCACGUAAAGCUAUCCAAUUUAUUCGACAAGCCACAGAAGAUCCUGAUGAAACUGCUAAAGAAUUUGAAGCUUCAGUUUUUCAAGAUUAUUAUUCCCCCGUAGUUAAUCGCCAAGUUUCAUUAAUUGCACUUCCAAUUAAAGUCAAAGUCAAUUCAAACGUAUGGGGAUGGAUAAUUGCAGAUAGACCUCAAAACAAUACUUGGUUCGAUUAUGAAAAGGUAUUUUUACAACAAAUUUCGAAUCAAAUUAGUUUGGCUAUUACACAUUCUACACUUUUGGAAGAUAAUUUGAAGAAGGAAGCACAAAUGGAAGCAGCUAAAGCUGCAAAUGAAGCUAAAGGUCAAAUUUUAGCUAAUACUUCUCAUGCAAUUAUAGGAGUAUUAUCAGCGUUCGAAGAGACUCAACUUUCAGAAGAGCAAAAAGACAUGGUUCAUAUAAUGACUAGAGCUUCCGAUGUAGUCUUAUCAGUUGUAAAUGAUAUCUUAGAUGCAGCAAAAUUAGAAGCACAAAAGAUUACUUUAAUAAAUAGAACUUUUGAUUUAUUUGAUUUAAUGGAAAAAACCAUAGAAAUUUUUGGUGAAAGAGCUGGUGUAAAACAAGUUGAAUUGAUUUUGUGUUGCGAACCAACUUCUUUGCCGAAAUAUGUCAAAUCGGAUCCAGAAAGAUUGCAACAAGUUUUGAUGAAUUUGUUGUCUAAUUCCAUUAAAUUUACUGAAGAGGGAGAAAUUUGUCUCAAGGUUGGCAUGAUAAAUACAAAAGACGAAGCUGGAGCGAGCAAUGAAAUUACUACCGUGAAAAAAGGAACAUUAUUUGUUGAAAUAAUCGACACCGGCAUUGGUAUUAAUCCGACAUUUAUUAAAGAUAUUUGGGAAAGUUUCUCUCAAGGAGAUGCUUCAAUGACAAGACGCCAAGAUGGGACAGGGUUAGGCCUUUCAAUUUGUAAACACCUAGUAAUCAUUAAUGGUGGUGAGAUGGGAGUGCAAAGUGAAUUUGGAAAAGGAAGCCGAUUUUGGUUCACCUGGAUCGUUGAACCUUUACCUUUAUCUGCCAUACCAAUUACGUCCAUUUCACAAAUUUCUUCCGCUGAUAUUUCAAAGAACGAUGAAAAAACUGGAUUAAUUUUGCCCGCUAUAAUUAGAUCAAAACGUAUUUUAAUCGUUGAUCCUAUUGCGACAGCUCGAGAAGCUUUGGUUAAAUUGAUUGGGGCUAGUGUAGAGAGAAUUGAUGCAUUUGAUACAUCAGAUAAGGGAAUAACAUUAUCGAAAGAAUGGAGGAAAACCCAUAAUGAACCAUUGUAUGACAUUGUAUUUUUCAACGUUCGUGAAGAUAAUAAAGAAAAAGUUAUAAAAGCUGCUAAUGAGUUGAGAAUUCAUGGAAAAGAAGAUCUUUGCAUAGCACUUAUGGUAAAUUCUUCCGUAAAAGGACGCGCUUUAGGGCAGGAACUUAUGAAAGAUAUUGAAGGAAAUAUUGCGACAUUAUGCAAGCCAAUAAUGCAAAAGAGAUUAUUGGAUUGUUUGCAUAAUGAUGAAAUAUUCAAGUCAUCGAUCUCAUCCGUAUCCGUACCAGAACCGAUAAUUGAUUAUAAUUCUGUAAAAUCAUUAGCCGACAUAAGGGUUGAAAAAUAUUAUCGUCAUAAACGACCAUUACCGUUAGGAAAAGAACCAGAAGUUGCAAAAGGUUUAGAGAAAUCGUCAGGUGAUGAUAAUCAAAUGAUUGUUGAUGAGACGCAAGAGAAAUUGAAUUCAGAUGGACCUAAAAAGACAUCAUAUUCGAAUUCAAAGAAGACAUCCCUGAAAAGAAUGGCACAUGGUGAAGACCAUAUUCAAUCUCCUGAUGAGUAUCCUGCUUCAAAAUAUAGAUCCCGCCCCAUUUCAAAUUCAAAGUGCAUUUUAUGUGUGGAGGAUAAUCCUAUAAAUCUUAAGGUUAUACAACAUCAACUUUCAAAACUUGGAUAUCAGACCAUAGCGGCAACGAAUGGACAAGAGGCAGUUAAUAUAAUCCAAGCAGAAUGUAAUAAUGCAGAUGAAAAGUCUUCACAAAUCAUCACAAAAGGACAUUAUUCCGCGUCAUCAUCGUCACAUAUAGCAGUGGAUAGUGGAAGAAUUUCUUUGAUAUUAAUGGAUUGUGCUAUGCCUAUCAUGUCGGGAUUCGAUGCAUCAAAAGCCAUAAGGGCCAUACCGUCACCAAUGUCAAAAAUUCCUAUCAUUGCUUUAACAGCUUCAGCAGUUCAAGGCACGAGAGAUAAAUGUCUUGAAUCUGGAAUGAAUGAUUAUUUAACCAAACCAUUGAAAAUCGGCCAACUUAAAGAAAUGCUGGCUCAAUGGCUUGGAGAAAAUUAG